AUUUUAAUAAAUGGAGGGCUCCAGUUGGCUGAGUCAAGAAGAUAAAGAGAAAGUGUUAAAGGAAGUUUCACUGGAGAGAUCGGAGAAGUUUAUUCUUAAGGAAACAUGCAUAAUGGAGAGUAAAUUCAUCGAGAACCUAUAUUUCAAAAACUAUAGAUGAGAAUUAGAGUCUGAAAUGGGAUAUUCUAGUUCCAGAAGGAGAGGCACAUGCUGAAUUUUGGAGUUUUCCCUUGAUAAUUGCAAGGAGGCGAAAUUCCUUCAUGAAAUUAAAUGCUGCCAGUCAUUAAAUUAUUCCUAUUUAGGUUUCCAUCAAAUAAAGAUAAGAAAUAUGCAUUUUAUCAAUGAGUUUGCUCCAUUAUUCCUAGGGAAGGUAGAUAACCUAACCCUUUUUUCAGAGUAUGAGCCUAUUCCAAAAAUUGGUUUAUCUAACUCUAUCUUGAGAUGGAGUGCUAGGGUGCUUGGAGAGGUGUUGAUCACUUGGUUUAACAUCAAUGCUCGUCAAUUCAAGAGGUUAAUGGCUUCUUAUAGACAUGUUAACGCAAUAAAACUCCAUUAUUGCAAAAUUUCAGUUCCUGCCUAUGUAAAUUUUUCUAAAGCAUUAAAAAAUACAAAGAUAAAGUCGAUAUCCAUAGUUGGAACCGGAGAGCAUGGUUAUUCAGAUUGGAAGAAUAACCCAGAUGAAUUCAAGAAUUUGGUCCAAUCGUUAGCCUCUUCUCCUGAUUUAAAAAUGAGCAUCGAGAAAAUUAACAUUGAGUGGAUCGGAGUUGAGGAAGAUGAAGCUCAGGAAAUUCUGAGAGAUAAUGGGCUUGUGAGCAUUGAAUCCUAA